CAAGUUAACGUCAUCACUGUGCGCCAUUAGAGAGAAGGACCUCUACCUUGAAUGCGAUGCACAGCAGAUCGACGAUGGAGCAGGCGGCUGUCGCCACUGCAACACCGGCGGAGGUAAACUGUCCGGUGUCGGUGGAGAAAACCACAACGAAAGAGGCGACAGAAACUGGCAAACGAAAAAGCGACGAGCCGGACGAACCCGGAACAUGUGGCCGAGGAAAGAGGCGCAGAGGAGCGGGAGGGAAGAAGCUUCGACCGGGCGAGAGAUACAUCCCCCCUCCGCAGAAGCGGAACCCCGGUGUCAGCUUCAGCCAGGAGCAUUUCGACGAGACCUCCUACUAUUUUGAAGGUGGCCUGCGCAAAGUGUGUCCGUACUACUUUGACUUCAAAACUUACUGCAAAGGUCGGUGGAUCGGGAAGAGCCUUCUGGAGGUGUUCAAGAGUGAGUUCAGAGCGGAGUCCAUAGAGUACUACCAGAGGGCUUGUAAAGAGGGUCGCAUCCGGCUGAACGAGACACCUGUGGAGGACCUGUCUGUGGUGCUCAGGAAUAACGACCACAUGAAGAACACAGUGCACCGCCAUGAGCCCCCUGUUGUCGGCAGACCCGUGGAGGUUCUGGUGGAUGAUGGUGAAGUGCUUGUGGUCGACAAGCCUGCCUCCAUCCCCGUACAUCCCUGCGGCCGUUUCCGGCACAACACAGUGAUUUUCAUCCUAGGGAAAGAGCGGGGUAUCUCUGAGCUCCACACGGUCCACAGACUGGACAGGCUCACCUCCGGAGUGCUGCUGUUUGCCAGGACGCUGGAGACCUCAAAGAAACUGGACCAGCUAGUGCGAGACAGACAGCUUGAAAAGGAGUAUGUGUGUCGAGUGGAGGGGGAGUUUCCAGAGGGUGAGGUGGUCUGCGAGGAGCCCAUCCUGGUUGUUUCCUUUAAAAUCGGCCUCUGCCGAGUUGACCCGAAGGGAAAGGAGUGCAGAACCGUCUUCCAGAGGCUUACCUUCAAUGGAAAAACCAGCGUGGUCCGCUGUUUACCCCUGACUGGCCGCACACACCAGAUCAGGGUCCACCUACAGUACCUGGGCUUCCCCAUCCUCAAUGAUCCCAUCUAUGGGUCCUCAGCCUGGGGUCCUCACAGGGGGAAGGGGGGACUGGUGGGAAAGAGUAAUGAGGAGCUGGUCCAGGCUCUGGUAGCAGAACAUCGCUCUCAGGAAAGUCUUCACUUGCUGGAUAUUGCAGAUGACGGGAUUGUUAUUGAGCAAGAGGCAGAGAAAAAUAAGACCUCUGAGAAAGUAGAAACAUUGGAUGGCACCUCUGAAGUUAACGACAGUGGAGAAAGUCAGCCAACACAGACAGAUGUGCAGGCGCCAGCGGGUUGUAGCUCAAGCGGUGAGACAGUGGAUGAGGUGAGUCAGGGCUGCACAGACCUAAACGCUAACAAUACCUCGGUCAAAUCUCAACCAGCAGAAUCAAACGGCAAUCAAACAGAAGCAACUGACACGACUCCCAAAACUCCUCCAGGGAGUAGCGACCACCUGUGCAGUGAAUGUAAGCUAGUACGACCAGAUCCUACGAAGAGGGAACUCAUCAUGUAUCUCCACGCUUUACGCUACAAAGGACCUGAUUUUGAAUAUUCCACACGUUUACCUGAUUGGGCCAAAGAGGACUGGGUCGAAGAUGAUUAGAGCUGACAAUGAUGAACACUGCUGAUGACUGCCUCAUGCACGUUUUUUUAGACAUUUUAAAAUAUGACCAGAAAAUCUGUAAGAGGUUUGUCUUUCAGGCAGUUUUGAUUUAGCUGUGAUGCAUUUCUAUUGAUAAUUCUUCAGUAACUUCUCUGAAGGUGGUUGUAAAACGCCUCAAAAGUUUUCUUUCCUCCAAAUUUGAUCAUGUAGAAAUAUGUUUUCCUUUGGCUUCAAGCUGUUUAUGCCUUAAACGCUGUUGUAUUUAUUCUCAUUGUAGUUUUAAUUUCAUUUCAUUCUCUAAGCCUGUGAUUCAUCUGGUGCUCCAACCAAGAUUUGAAAAACAAAAGGCAGUCUGCUGGAAAAUAAAUGUUUUAUUUCAGUGUGUGAAAAAUUAACAACAUUGACACCUGUAAAUAAUAGUAGUGGUGACCUUUUAAUUUCUCCUGCUCAAAGAAAAGCUUGUGAUAUUAAUUUCAAUUGUCAGGUCAUUCUGAGUGCUUUUAAAGUCAAGGCUCAUUGAAGAGUUAUCAUUAUACAGUCAAGAUGUCGAAAGCAAACACUUCAUAAAAGGGAGAAAGCCUGAAAAUAACUCUGCUCUUAUGCACAUUUGACAAAACUCCCUUCUUGUCCGGAUCAGAACCACCAUCGUACUACAUACUACACUACAUAGACCCGUCUUAUUUGACUUUAAGGACACAUCUUUUGCACAAAACACACAGUUUCAGUUUUUCAGCAUUUGAAACAACCAGUUGAAAGACAUUUGGCACAUGCUGUUCUUGUCAUGAAUACUGUUUGAUAUUUUAAUGUUAUUGAGACACAGAAAAUCAGCUGAUGUGACAUCACAGCUGUGAGAUGGUGGGGGUAGUGGAGGCUUUCUGUUCCUUAGAUGUUCUGCUGAAGUUUUUCUUAGCAGUGCUGCAGCAGCAAAGGUCUAUAUACAAAGUGGCAUUUGAUAGCACAACUGCUUAGAAGCAGAAAUUAGAGCUUCCUACUACUAAGGCAUACACUGACAUCCAGGGAUCCUGGAGUAGUAUGCACCUUAAUUCGGUUUCGUAUAAACCCACAUAUUAUGUUUAUCUGCUUUAGAAACCUUUUUUGUCUUUAAGUACAUUAAGUAAACAUUACAUUUUUUGGCACUGACACUGGAAUAAACAUCAUGACUUUUAAUUUGACAGUGACACUAAAUGCAAACAAGCCAUGACACUACAAAUUACACUUUACUAACUGUAGGUUUGUGGUUUUCUACGUUAUGGUCACAAAAGACAUACUGUACAUAUCGCUAUAAAGUGCGAAACCAACUGACUGUAAUUAAGUGACAGUUGUUUGCUACUCAAUGCAGCUCUUUCUCUGUAUAGCUCACAUUUAUCUUUUAGUAUUCAUAAGUCCAUGAAUGUUUAUGGCUCAUUAAGGUCGAUUCCAGCAUGGUGAAAGACCAGCGGCUGUUGUUUAUAACCCAGUCUGUGCAGGUGUUUAAAAAAGUUCCAGGCACAAAGUAUAUUCUGCAGCACUUGAUGAUUUACGUGUUGACAACACACUUCAGUCUCUUCAGGUGUGACAUUGGUGCAAAGUUGUGGCUGAAAACAAAGCUUCACCUUUCACUGUCUUCUGUCUGAAAAUGCUGGGUUUGAACAAGUCAUGCUCUGGCUGAAGAAACACUCGUGCUCUGACCUUAUUCAUUUGUAACAUACACUGUAACAACCUUAGCAGCAACAUUAGACAAACAUGCUGUCACGUGUUACAUCUGCAGUUGGCUUAUAUUUCCUUUGAGUAUUAAAAGUAACAGUGUAUG